GCCCCCGCGCACCGCCCCCGCCCGGUCCCCGCCACCGCCGCCGCCGCCUGCCCAGCGGCCCGGGAGGCGGAGGCGCGGGGGAGGAGGCCCCGCUAGGCUCCGCAGCCCCGGAUGCUGCAUGACUUCAUCCUUCCGCCGGCUCCCCCGCUGAGCUAGGGCCGGUCCGGCAGCUCGCCCGCCGCCCGCGCCCCGCCGCAGUCCCGCGCCCACUCCGCGCCCGCCAUGUCCGAGAUCCUGCCCUACAGUGAGGACAAGAUGGGCCGCUUCGGCGCCGACCCCGAGGGCUCCGACCUCUCCUUCAGCUGCCGCCUCCAGGACACCAACUCCUUCUUUGCGGGCAACCAAGCCAAGCGACCCCCGAAGCUGGGCCAGAUCGGCCGAGCCAAGAGAGUGGUGAUCGAGGAUGACCGGAUAGACGACGUGCUGAAGGGGAUGGGGGAGAAGCCGCCGUCCGGAGUGUAGACGCGCCGGCUCGGGCGGCGGGCUCCGGGCCCAGCUUCGCAGCGGCCGGGAGCGCGGGCAGGCGAUGCAGCUGCCGGCGACCCCCGCCCCGGCCCAGGCGCCCGCGGGCGGGGGCUGCAGGGCCGCGCCGCCUCCGGGUCGGAGUCGCCGCCGCCGCCGCCGGGCACUCCGGAGCUGUCCGCUUCAGCACCACGGCGGCGGCGGCGGCGGCAGCAGCAACAGCAGCGGCGUGGACCGCCCGGAGCCCACCGCCGCGCUCAUGCACUUUAGAACCGCGGGCCGCAGCCCCAUCCCGCACACCAGAACGUACCGAGCGCCGCGGCCCUCAGCCCCCGGCCCGCCCCCUCCCGCACGGCUCCCCAGCCCCGCCCCUCUCCGGCCGGUUUGGUCUGCAGACUGGCUGCCAGCCGGGUCGGACCGCGCGCGGCCAGGGAUGUUUGGCUGCGUAUUUGCAUGAGCUUCCCACCCACCUGAGCCCAGCCCUCCAGGCCGCUCCUCACCCUCACCCCUGUCUGGCGUGACCCCAGCCUCGGCCUCUUUCUAAGGGACUUCCUCAGCACAUUUGUAUUUUUAUAUCCGACUCUUUGUUUACUGGCUCCCCUCAUGAUUAGUGCCCUCCCCCCUCGGUCUCGUCCUUGCUCUUCUGCGCCUGGCAGAUAGGACGAGUGCUGAGGGUGGGCAUGGACAAGCCCCCAACAUGGUAACCAACAUGUGGCCAGUCUGCCCAGGCCCGACCCCAGGCGGCUCUCUGGCAGACCCCUCCCCUCCAGGUAUCACCUUCCAAGGGCCCAGGUGUGAUUUUACCUUGGACCCCUGCGCCCUGCCCCUGGGAACCCAAAUGGGGACUGAUCUGCACCCUUGGAUGACACCUGUGGCCCUAGAGAUGUCCUUUGUAAAUGUUCCUCCAUCCUCACUGUACCAGGAGUGUGUAAUAAACACAGACCUCCCUGUG